UUUUUUUAAAAACAUUGUAAAUUAUAAUUUUUUACGCAGUUCAGAAAAAUGUUUCACAACAGAGUGUGUCUAGGUUUAGCAGCCUUCUUGGUCAUAAUUGCCCUCACUGCCUCCCCCAUCUCAGCCGACGAUGCCGCAGCACCCACACCAUGCAAAGGAUGUUCUGGCGAGGCGAUGAUGGAUUUAAUCGGGAAAUUUGAAGUAAAACGUAAAUGCUGGUUCGAUAGCAAUCAUCAUGUCAUUAUGAAAUUGAAACUGUGGAAUCUAAUUGCCUUGGUUGAAGAUUUCAAAAUGGUGAUAACGAAUAAUAACGCCGUUGUUGCAGAAGAGUGUAAAAAGGAGGUGGCUCUCGAGAAAUGUGAUAUAACAGACACUGACACGGCCUCGGAAUGUUUGAUGGAAAAUUUGAAAAUUGUCGUAGCAGCCUAUCGUGAUCAGGAGGCAUGCCAUGGAAAAGCCAUUCGAUCGCGACUCUUUACUGUGGCCAAAAAGCUGUUGUUUGGCUCCUUUGUUGGCUGGGGUAUGAUGCAUCCGGACUGUUAAGGCAAGGGAGGAAAAUAAUUUUAAUUAAAUACAAACAAUUAAAAUA